CCGACUACGCCCGACUCACUGCCCUCGUUCGCGGCCGCCUCCAUCCCUUCGCCGCCGCCACUCCAUCCCUUCGCCGCCGCUAACGUGCCGGAUCUUGCCUCAGCCGCCGCCUCUCCGCCGUGAAAGAGAGGGCUCCCGAUCUCCGCCAGGGUCGACCAACAGCGCGACGCGCCACCAGAUCGGCGACGCGCCGGGAUCACCUCUCCGCCUCGGCGCUUGCGCUUCCAGAUCGAAGCCCACGACGGCGGCGUUCCCAGAUCGGCGACGCGCCACCGUACGUCACGGCUGACGGCCGUGUCCUCGCCAAGGAAGCGUCGCUUCGAGGUGGCGGCAACCAAGGCCUCCCGGAUCCCCGCCUCCUUCCUCACAUCUCCGGCGGCGACAGCGACAAAUUCCGACACCAUGAGGCCACCGGCACGAGGAGGAUGCAGCGGGAGGGGUUUCGGCGGCAGGAGCGACGGCGGCGACCGCGGGGGCAGGGGCUUCGGCGGGAGAAGCGAUGGCGGCGGCCGUAGCGGCAGGGGUGGCCGGGGAGGCAGGACGCCCAGGGGCCAUGGUCGUGGCGGCGGGGGAAGGGGAGGGCCCGGCAUGAAGGGCGGGAGCAAGGUGGUCGUGGUGCCACACAAGCACGACGGUGUCUUCAUCACCAAGGCCAAGGAGGACCCGCUCUGCACCAAGAACAUGGUCGCCGGGGAGUCCGUCUACGGCAAGAAGAGCGUCUCCGUCCAGAUAUCACAUGUGUUUCUUUCUGCAAAUUCUCCCUUAUUUGUUUUCUUUCCAGCUUCAUCAUGCGCUUCCGAAAUAGCCCUGCCAUCUACAAUUUGGCAGUCAGAUGGUGAUCUGAAACUUAAAAUGGAGCAAAUGGCCAUGAGCUCUAACAAAUAUGAGGUUUUCUAUCACAAGAUACCUCAGGAAGAUGAAGCUUACCAACAAGAAUUUAUGGCGAGGAGGCACUCUUCUGCACCCUUUGCAAUACAAAGGUCGUCGUCGGCGGAUCUGGAGACGCGGAUGCUCCUGCACAACGCGGCGUCCAUGGAGUCCCCUUGUCUGUCAAGGAGCCGGUCGUCGUUCCACCCCCUCCCCUUCCCCGAACACCAUCGUCGCUCCUCUCCGUGGCGUCUCUCCCUUGUCGCUACCAUCCAUGAGGAGAAUCCAUCGUCAAAGGUCGCCGUACAGGGACUCUGUUGCUUUCUGCAGAACCGCCACUCCUGCCACCUCCAGGAAAGCAUUGUACGCAGAUGGGUUAUAUCUAAUAACUUGUAUGUACAUGCCUCUAUUUUUGUGUCCAUUCGAUCAUCAUUCCACCCUGAUAUAGUUAUUCUUUCUACUUUCAUUGAUUCUUUCGUGGUUUCUUGUCAUCUUGUGCCCUUUGACAAUUGGGUUUUUCUCUGUUAUUCUUUGUAGGGGAUUUGCUCCAAGUUCUGUUGAUAGUGAUGAUGAGUUGAUAGAGCAUACCUUUUUGCCUGCUAUUGCAUAGUCACAAAAUUUCCAUGGUGUGCAUGGGGGUACUUUUUCACUGAACCCAUCACUUAUACUGCAUACUGGAAAAAGGUAUCUAUAGCUUUUAGGUAAUGUCUAUUUCAAUCAUCAGAAGACAUAUUGAAUAUAUGUUCCUCUGUGCACCGAAACAAUCCCAUAAAAUAACAAACUACUUCCUUAUAUUGUGAUUCUUCCCAUAGUUGUUUGCUCCCUGGAAACAAAGGCCGAGGCAACAUAUUUUACCGUGUAUACAAUGACCUUGCUUCUAAAACUAAUAAUAUACACUUAUGAUCUCUUCUACAUGUUUUUUUUCUAAUCCCUAUUCAUGUUUUUGAGGCAUGUUAGCUAUCUUCCAGUAAUAUAUUUAGUGUUAUCCAGUAAGUUUUUUGAGGCAUGUGUGUUACUCAAAGAAAAAGGUGUGUCAGUCUCAGUGAUACCCUUUGAGUUUUUGAACAAUUGCCACUGCUAAGGUAAUUUUUUUUUUGGAAAGCACUGCUAAGGUGAUUGGAAAUUGCUUUGUACACAUUCUACUAGGCUCAUUUUCUGUGAUUGUACACAUUCUACUAGGCUCAUUUUCUGUGAAUCCCUACAAUUUGAGGAAUGAAGUGAAGGGAAGACGUGAGGAGAAAGCUCUACCUUCACAGGAGACAAGAUCUGUGCCGGGAAUUCGGAUGUGCUUGUAUGUUACUGUAGAGCGACCAUUUCAGGGUGGAUGUUGAUGAUCUCAGAUUGAUUCGAUGCUGCAGCGAGCUGGGCUGGGCUUGCACUAAUGAUGUAUUAAAACAUUGAUAUGAUGGCAGGAAGAUCCAAGAUGGUACUGUAUGGUUCUUGCGUUAACCCUCUUGUAGAUAUUGAAAUGCAUGAAAGUCACAUGAGAUUAUGUAUUGAAACAUAUACAAAGUUAAAAUAAUGAGCGAGUCUUUCUUA